UCGUGCGGAUGUUCCCCGCGUACCACAAUAAGCUUUUCGUCCAAACUUCCCAAACUUUGGCGGCGAGCUAAAAAGUUGUAUGUUGUGUUGGAUAUGGACUAGAGAAUUAUGGAUACUUUUACACAGUUCGUGUUACUAAUAUUGUGUUCCAAAUGCAUAGCAGUGAAUAUAACGCGUAUACAAGUACCAUCGCUGGUGGAGACAGGGACGGAGUUUGUGAUUCUCGACUGCGAAUACAGCACUGGAUCAGUGUCACCGGGGCCUGGACUCGUGAUGAAGUGGUUCUUCAAUGGCUCUGCUGGCCUAGUCUACCAAUGGAUACCGCCAAUGCAACCUCAAGUAAUUGGCCUGCUCAAGGGGAAGGUUGAUAUGGGUUUCAGGAUAUCUGACGAACCACUGCAAGCGUAUCGAGCUAUAAAAAUUCUAAAGCCGACCACAGAUUUGAGCGGAAAUUAUACGUGUGUAGUGUCUACCUUCAUGGAGGAAGAUCGUCGAACUAAACCUAUGCUUGUUUAUAGUCCUGGAAAAAGUUUCCAUUUUAUUCAAGAGAAAAAAUAUGUGUUUUUAGUGACACUCAUUUGUAUUGCUGAAGAUUUAUAUCCAAAACCUGUUAUGGCUAUAUUAUCACAGGGGAAACCAUUGAAGCAAGCCGUGACUGAAAUUAGAAUGGAUUCUUGGGGUCUAUAUACAGUGGAGACAAGGGCUCUGGUUCACGACGAUGACGUCACGAGCCCAUGGGAAGAGUUCGUGUGUGUACUAAAGUUGCCGCCGGCUAACUACAUGGCCAACAGAACGACCGUUUAUUUUCCUGGUUUAAUGCCAACAGCUUAUAGUAUUGCUGCUGUAGAAGUAGAAAAACCCCAGGAACGACAUGCUCAUAGAAGUCGAGCUACUGCGGCAUCUCUCACGUCAGUGCUUUAUUUAUUGUGUGCUUAUAUUCAUAGAAUAAUUAUAUAAAUAUUAAAUGUAAAAUAUUAUUACCUUAUACAACAGUGAUAUCGUUAAAUGGUUUGUUGUAUAUGAUAUUAGAAUAAGCACCUAAGUACCAAAAAUCUAAAUUUCUAUGUCAUAAUAUAGAUACAUAUUAUAUUUAUUUUGAACGACAAGUUUACGAGUAUGUCUGAAUCAAAAACAUCUAGAUAAAGUGUUUCCCUAGAAAUAUAUCGACAAAAACGCCCUACUUAAUUAAAUAGCGACUUUUUAAAGGUAUAAAAUUGUAUUCAUUGAAACUUGUUGUGGGUGAUAUUUUAACGCAAAAUAUAAUUUUAUUUAUUUAAAUUUAUUACGUUGUCAAUACUGUACAUACACUAACCUAAAGUAGAAUAAUCACUAAAUGACGAACUUAGUGGUGUAGCGGUAUAACCCCCCCCCCCCUUGCCGUUGUUCGCGGGUUCGAUCUCCACACAACAAAUAUUUCAUGCAUAUAAUAUAGUGUUAAUUUACAACAAAAAAGUGCUUAAGUAUUUUUAUUAGUUGUCUAGUAUCAUAAGAAUCUAUUGAGCUGUUAAGGCACCGACAACAAAAGGUAACAAAGUAUUUUUUUCAUGUAUAUGUUCGUGUGAUGAUAAAUAAACAAAACAAAUACGCUUCUGCUUCACUUGUGUUAAUAUAUUUAUUAUAUGUCUAGAGAAUUUUAUUAUAUAAAAUAUGAUCUUUUUUUUAUACAUGAAAGACUUAGUGACUCUUAACAUGUUUUGUUUAACUUUUACCCGCAAAUUCUUGUAUGUGAUCGGAAUAUGUUGAUUGUACGGGAUAAAUAGUAGCCUAUGUCCUUAGCUAUUUGAAAUUGUACGUUUCAAAUUUCAUGUGUAAAUAAAAUUUAAUUUUAAUUAUUGUCACAGUACUAAUGCAGGUGUAAAAUUAUUUUCUACGUGAUAAUUUAAAACGUGUAUCUGUUGAGUUUCUUGCGGGUUCUUCUCAGCAGAUAACAACAUCCCGAACCCAGCAGUACAAUCAUAAAAAAUUGACAAUUUAAAAAGCUUAUAAAAAAGUCUAUUUAAAUUUGGAUUUAUUUAUUUAUUCUAUUUUAAGGACUGAUUAAAAAUUGUUUGCAUAGGAAAAAUAAAAAUGAAGUUUUUAUGAGUAAUUACUCUCUUCAUUCGAACCAUCCGUUCUUAAAUUUUGCAUUCAAUUACACAUUUAGCAAUUUAUUUUUAUUUAUAUAGAUUUUUAACAUGAUGUUUUACAAUAGCUGACCGACGUAGACUGACAUACGUUGUUGAUACUGAUAGUUGUUUCGCUUAAUAAUAAUAAUAAUAUAUAUUUAUUUAUGUCUCCUCACAUACAACUUAAAUUUACACAUAGGUAUUUAGGAUAUAGUUAAGUUAGCUUAAGUUUAUAUAUUUUUUCUUAUUUUUAAAUCAUUUAUAAAAAGAUUAGAUUAUUGUUAUUUUCUUUAUAUAUCUAAAUAUUAAGAAUACGUAAGAAGAUAAAUUUGGCCUGUUAAAAGUAUAGAACGGAUGUCCUAUAUUUUGGACAAUAAUAUUUACGAAUAAAAAAAUUACGCAGGUAAUUAUUCACAUUAUACCAUAAAAAGGUGCCUAUUUUUAAUUUUGAUAAUAUUAAUUGCUGAUCGUGUAAUGUCUAACACUAAUUUAAAAGAAAAAAGUGAUCAAUAUUCAGUUAAAACAAAGUCGCUGGGUCUAGAAAUAUGAAAUUUUAAUAAUUGCAAAUUUCAAUCUUCAUUUUGUAUUGUAAAACAGAUAAUAUAAAAAAUUAUAAUUUCUUGUAGCGUAUGAAAUUGGCUACACAUACAUACAAUAGACAACGACGUAUCUGAUGUUUGCAAAUCAAGCAAUGUUUGCAAAGCAAGCGUCAAAGAUUUGUAAAGGCCCCACUAGACCUGCAGUAAUAUGUCGUUAUAAAAUAAAAUAAAAUUACGUGAUAAAUAUUAGACCCAAUAAUGUUUUCAAACGAAACUUUUAACCUCAUAACCUGGGAGUAAUACUUAUUGGGUUAUUGUUUUAUGGAAGGUGGCUUUAUUGAAAUUUUUACGAGAGUAAGAGGAGGGCAAAGUACAGCACUGAUAAAUACAUCACAAUGUACUUUGGAAAACGAACCUGUAUCUGAGGUAUAGAAUUCGCACAUCUAUUUUAAAAUGCAAGUCAUACUAGAGCUUAGCUAGGCUUAGUAUAGUGUAUAUCCAAUUAUACGAACUAUGCUAUGUAAUGCUGUGCAAAGUAAACUAUCUGGGUUCAUAUUGAAAACUA